CCGAGUGGGCGGAGUCUCGCAUCUCCAGAUCAUCCUUGAGUUGAAUGAAAUUUCCCUCUAAAUCCGCGAGCGGUUCUGACAGAAGCUGUUCCCGCGCGGAGGAUGCCGACACGAGGACACAGAUAACCAGACCACCACCAUCAUCAUCAUCAUCAUCAUCAUCAUCAUCAGCAGCAGCAGGAUGUCGGACUCGGAGAUGUCGGAGAUGUCGGAGUUCUCGAGUCUCGUGGAGCGCAUUGAGAGAGGCGAGGUUCCGAUGAAGAGCAUCGAGCGGGAGCUGAUCUGCCCCAUCUGUCAGGAGCUGUUCACACACCCGCUCAUCCUGCCCUGCCAGCACAGUGUGUGCCACAAGUGCGUCCGAGAGCUGCUCCUGCCCAGCCACGACGACUCGAUCAGCACCGAUGCGGGCUCCGAGAGCUCCAACCCGGGCAGCCCUCGAGCCAGAGUCCCGUCCCCGAGCAUGGAGAGGCUGGAGCGCCUGGUGCGAUCAGGGUCCAUAUCUUCUCCUGGAUGGAGGCGCUCCUCCGUCACUCCCCGGGUCACCACCUUCCCGUGUCCCGGCUGUCAGCAUGACAUUGAUCUCGGGGAGCGAGGGAUCAGCAUGCUCUUCAGGAACUUCACUCUGGAGAGCAUCGUGGAGCGUUACCGUCAGGCGGCCCGAGCAGCCGUGGCCAUCAUGUGUAACGUCUGCAAGCCGCCCGUCCAGGAGGCCACCAAGAGCUGCAUGGACUGCAAGGCCAGCUUCUGCAACGAGUGCUUCAAGAUGAACCACCCCUGGGGAACACCCAAAGCCCAGCACGAGUACGUGGGACCCACCACCAACUUCAGACCCAAGGUGCUCAUGUGUCCUGAGCACGAGAUGGAGAAGGUGAACAUGUACUGUGAGGUGUGCCGGCGUCCCGUGUGUCAUCUGUGUAAGCUCGGCGGAUCUCACGCUAAUCACAGAGUCACCUCCAUGAGCAGCGCCUACAAGAUCCUGAAGGAGAAGCUUUCGAAGAGUAUCCAUUACCUCAUCAGUAAAGAGGACCAAGUGAGGACUCAGAUUUCUGAGCUGGAUGUGUUGAUCCGUCACACAGAGGAGAACGGGCAGCUCGCCGAGAGACGCGCCAACGAACACUUCGAGCAUCUCUUCGAGACGCUUCAGGAGCGGAGGACGGAGAUGCUGCGCUCCAUCGAGCAGUCGAGGAACCUGCGGGUGGAGCGUCUGCGGGCGCAGGUGGAGGAGUACCAGGGCAUGCUGGAGAACAGUGGCCUUGUGGGAUACGCUCAGGAGGUGCUGAAGGAGACGGAUCAGUCCUGCUUCGUCCAGACGGCCAAACUGCUGCACGUCAGGAUUCAGAAAGCCACCGAGUCUCUGAAGACGUUCCAGCCUGCGGCGACGCCGUCGUUUGAGGAGUUUGUGCUGGACACGUCGAAGGAGGAGAUCCUGCUGAAGGAGCUGAGCUUCAGCGGCGUUCCCGAGCCUCCAGUGAUCGAUCUCUCUCGCUGCUGCGUUUAUAACGAGGGUCUGAUCCACUGGCGUCUGUCUGAAGACUCUCUGCCCACCGAUCAUCACAUCGUGGAGUUCAGGAAGCUGCGAUCUGAGGAAGAGGAGGAGGAGGAAUCCCGCUGGAGCGCAUCGGAGCGAGUUUACGGCUGCAGCACGGUUCUGUCAGAUCUGUCCAGCGACUCUCGCUACGCUUUCAGAGUCAGGAGCUGCAGGAACGGUGUGUUCAGCCCCUACAGCCCCGAGGUGACCCUCCACACGCCUCCGGCGCCGGUGUUUGGCUUCCUGUUUAACGAGAAGUGUGGCUUCAGUGCGGAGCGUCUGCAGCUGAGCAAGCGCAGGGACUCUGUGGAGAGCGUGGCGGGGAUGAGCUUGCUCUUAUCUGCGGAGCGCGUGCAGACGGGGAGCUACAUCUGUCUCGACUACAUCAUCGGAGACACGGGCAUCUCUCACGGACGCCAUUACUGGGCUUUCCGUGUGCAGCCCGACUCAUACAUGAUCAAAGUGGGCGUGGCUUCUGACUCCAAACUAACAGAGUGGUUUCACAACCCUCGAGACACCAGCAGCCCCCGGUACGACCACGACAGCGGUCACGACAGCGGCAGCGAGGACACGUGUUUCGAGGUCUCUCUGCCCUUCACACUGGUCACUGUGGGCAUGGGCCGGCUCUUCAUCCCCAAAGCGUCCACCGCCGCCGGAGACCACAGCAGCCGAGUCCUGCCCAUGCCACAGAGGAUCGGAGUCUGUCUGGACUAUGACGCGGGUCGCGUGUUCUUCUACGACGCAGACUCCAUGCGCUGUCUGUACGAGCGAGCGGUGGACUGCUCCGGGACCAUGUUCCCUGCGUUCGGGCUCCUGGGCGGCGGAGCGGUUCAUCUGGAGGAGUUCAUCACGGCCAAGCGUCUGUCCUACAUGUGAGGGUCCUGUCCGUGUCUGUUAGUUCUGGUAACUCGGUCUACUUCUCUUGAGCUCCUCGUGACGGUCGUGUGGGUCACUGCCCAAAUAUACAAGUCCAUCUGUUUUAAGAGCCAAAGCCGAUCUCGAGUGCCUACGUGCCUUCAGUGACAUCAGUCGAUCGGGAUCUGGACACACACAUCAGGUUUCACGCAGGGCACCUUUAUACACUGAAAUCUAAUGCAAAGCCUCACAACGUCACUUUCUGAAGAAUGUGCACUGAUACUGUUAAUUACUUCACAUCGUUUACAUGCAUGAGCGAAAUGAUUUAAACACAAGAAUUCACUACUGAGCACCACAUGAAUGUGCACUAAUUUAGUUUUUAUUGUAGCUGCACCUGUAAAACACAGACGUUUCAAAGUUAAUAAAAAAUAAUAAAUCAGUCGUUCUAGAAAAGCAUGUAGAUAUGAUUGUGUGCUAGGGUUUUUUUUCGUAAUCGAGUGAAAAACACAAAACCACUUUUAAAUGAAAUGUAGCAUCUGAAUCAAACCGGUGCUGAUCAAACUGAACCGAAAUAGGAUUCCUGUGAGACAGACCUGAACACCUUAAAUGCACACAUGCACUAGUAAUGCAAGGCAGAUGUGUUGACGGGACUGAUAUGGCCUUACGGAGUAAUCCCAGAUCCACGGACUCCACUGAUUCCUCUGGUGCUCUAGUUCUGACCGCAGGAGGAUCUCGAGGGUUAUUCUGUAGUUGUGUUCUGACCGCCGGCUUACGGAGGAUAUAAACGUGUGGUCAUCUUAAUGUUGAAGCAUCUUGGGACGCGUCCUACUACUUGAUUAGCGUGUUAUUAUCUGUGGAUAAUUUCCUUCUUUAACCUUGUCAUUAAAAUCUCAUACUAAUCAGACGUUUUAAACUGUGACCGCAUUAAAAGGAGACUUGUGUUCUCUGAACGCUUUAGAUGAUUAGAUUGAGCUUUUACAUGUUUGUGAUCAUUUUAAAAGUGUAUUUGUGUGUACGAUCAGUGAACUGAAGGACUGACAGCAUUUUUUUAUGAGUCCCAUCAUUUCUGUUUGUUUUUUGCUUAAUCCACACGAAUAGAUCUUCACUCUGUUUUCACCAUCGGAACGGUUUAUUUAGGAAUAAUGCACUUGUUCACUUGUUUCAGGUGCGUCACAUCACAGAAUGUGUUUGGGAGCUUGUAACCAAAUGUUGUGCUGUUUCUUGUUCACGUUAAACAGGGUUUGUGAUCGCUGGGUUUGUAAUGUGUGGUACUGAUCUUCUGAAUCCUGCUGGAGUUCUUUAGCACUUUAAAGCAUGUGUGAGCGUGAUGCAGUGUGAUCUAUCACAGGCUUUAACAGAUGUGAGCAGCUCUCUCCGUCUCCUGCAUCUGCGUGGUUUUAUUUUUAAUGUGCUAUGUGAGGUUUUGUAUAACAAUAAAUGAAUGUUCUUUUAGCUGUA